UUUACUACACCGAGUUGCAGAGCGAGUACAUCAUCACUACACCAUAGAACAGCCCGAAGGGGCACUUGACAACGAAGAAGUGCCCGCUCCCUUAAUUAUUAAGAAAAACGAGAGCUUGUUUAUUCAUCGCGGCGUGUCUGUAGGUGACACCGAAUCGUGGCAUUAUGACAGCGUUUGGACUUUAUACAGUAACCUUUUUAAUUUCAGUAGGGGUUCAUUAAAUGCAAUCAUCGCAAUAGUCGCACAGGACAGUCAGUUGUCAAGCUCGUGAGAGACCGACAGUCAUGGAUCAGAGAGUUGACAGAACGAUCAGCUAGCGUUUUCUGUCACAUACUACGAGAUACGAGGAGAAUCCGAAGACAGGAUGGAUUUCAGCACCAUUCGGAGCCUCAUCACGAGAUACUGUACAGGAGAAGAGAGCUGGGUGGACAGCAGGACGGUUUAUAUUGGCCAUAAAGAACCUCCACCGGGAACAGAAGCGUACAUUCCACAGAGGUUUCCUGACAACAGAAUCGUCUCCUCAAAGUAUACGUUUUGGAAUUUCAUACCGAAGAAUCUGUUCGAGCAGUUCAGACGAAUCGCCAAUUUCUACUUCCUGAUCAUCUUUCUAGUGCAGCUGAUCAUCGACACGCCCACCAGUCCUAUGACCAGCGGUCUUCCUCUUUUCUUUGUCAUCACGGUCACAGCCAUCAAACAGGGCUAUGAGGACUGGAUCAGUCACAAAGCGGACAACGCUAUAAAUCAAUGUCCAGUCCACGCCAUCCAGCACGGCAAAGUCAUACGCAAACAGAGCCAAAAGCUACGGGUGGGUGACAUCGUCCAGGUGAAAGAGAACGAGACGUUUCCGUGUGACCUCAUACUGCUGUCCUCCAGUAGAGAAGACGGUACAUGUUUCGUCACGACAGCCAGCUUAGACGGAGAGUCCAGCCAUAAGACCUAUUAUGCGGUUCAGGACACAAAUGCAUUCAACACAGCAGAGGAGUUUGACACGCUGCACUCUACGAUAGAAUGUGAACAACCCCAGCCGGACCUGUACAAAUAUGUGGGACGCAUCAAUAUUUAUUUGGAUCGAGAUGAGCCCAUCGCGAGACCUCUGGGUUCUGAGAACCUGCUGCUACGUGGGGCGACACUAAAAAACACUGAAUUUAUAUACGCUGUAGCUAUCUACACGGGCAUGGAAUCCAAGAUGGCCCUCAACUACCAGUCCAAGUCUCAGAAACGCUCGGCUGUUGAAAAGUCUAUGAACGCCUACCUGAUCGUGUACCUCUGCAUUCUGAUCAGUAAAGCUCUGAUCAAUACUGUCCUGAAGUACGUUUGGCAGGCCGACACGAACAGAGAUGAGCCCUGGUACAACCAGAAGACUGAGAACGAGAGGCAACGACACGUGUUAAUUCGGGCGUUCACAGAUUUCCUGGCCUAUAUGGUUCUGUUCAACUACAUCAUUCCCGUGUCCAUGUACGUGACCGUGGAGAUGCAGAAGUUUCUGGGCUCUUAUUUCAUCCAGUGGGAUGAUGACAUGUUUGAUGAGGAGAUCGGAGAGAGGCCGCUGGUCAAUACAUCAGACCUGAAUGAAGAACUCGGACAGGUGGAAUACGUCUUCACAGACAAAACUGGAACUUUGACUGAAAAUAACAUGGAGUUGAAGGAAUGUUGUGUGGAUGGACAUGUUUACGUGCCGCAUGCCAUCUGUAAUGGGCAGGUCUUACCCGGGGCAGUGGGCAUGGACAUGGACAUGAUCGACUCCUCUCCAGGUGUAGAUGGAAAGGAGCGCGAGGAGCUGUUCUUCCGGGCUCUAUGUCUGUGUCACACAGUUCAGGUGAAAGAAGAGGAGACGGUGGACGGCAUCAAAAGAGGGAUCCAUCAAGGCAAAUGCACCUCCUCCUACAUCUCUUCUUCUCCGGACGAGGUGGCGCUGGUGGAGGGCAUGCAGAGGUUGGGCUUUACUUAUCUUCGACUGAAGGACAGUCACAUGGAGAUCCUUAACAGAGAGGAUGAGAUGGAAAGAUUCGAACUGCUGGAGGUGUUAAACUUUGAUUCUGUGAGGAGGAGAAUGAGCGUAAUCGUGAGAUCAAGCACAGGAGAGCACUACAUGUUCUGUAAAGGUGCAGAUUCCUCUAUUUUCCCACGAGUGGUUUCUGGGAAGGUGGAGCAGGUCAGAGCGCGGGUAGAGCACAACGCUGUGGAGGGUUUGCGGACUCUCUGUGUGGCGUAUAAGAAGCUGAGUCACGUAGAGUAUGAAGACGUGUGCCGUCUCCUCAACUGUGCUAAACUGGCUCUGCAGGAUCGCGACAAGAAACUGGCUGAAGCUUAUGAUGUCAUCGAGAAAGAUUUCAUCCUGCUGGGAGCCACAGCUGUUGAGGACCGGCUGCAGGACAAAGCGGCCGACACAAUCGAGUCCCUGCACAAGGCCGGUAUGAAGGUAUGGGUCCUCACAGGGGACAAAAUGGAAACUGCAGCAGCAACAUGCUACGCUAGCAAGCUAUUCCACCGCAGUACACAGAUCCUGGAACUGACAACCAAGAGGACAGAAGAGCAGAGCCUUCAUGACGUUCUGUUCGACCUGAGCAGAACCGUCUUACGACAGCAUGGCAGUAUGACCAGAGACACGUUCUCAGGAUUCUCGGGCGAUUUCCAGGACUACGGUCUGAUAAUCGACGGGGCGACGCUGUCAGCUAUCCUGAAGCCGACUCAGGAAGGCACCAGGAAUGGAGGAAACUAUAAGGAGAUUUUCCUGGAAAUCUGCAGGAACUGCAGCGCCGUACUGUGUUGCCGUAUGGCACCCUUACAAAAAGCACAGAUUGUGAAGAUGAUAAAAGCAUCAAAAGAACAUCCCAUCACGCUAGCCAUCGGAGACGGAGCUAAUGAUGUCAGCAUGAUCCUGGAGGCCCACGUCGGCAUAGGAAUUAUGGGUAAAGAGGGCCGUCAGGCAGCCCGUAACAGUGACUAUGCAAUUACCAAGUUCAAACAUCUGAAGAAGAUGCUGCUGGUUCACGGGCACUACUAUUACGUCAGAAUCGCUGAGCUGGUCCAGUACUUCUUCUAUAAGAAUGUGUGCUUUAUUUUUCCUCAGUUUCUCUAUCAGUUCUUCUGUGGCUUCUCUCAGCAGCCGCUCUACGACACUGCAUAUCUGACCCUGUACAAUAUCAGCUUUACGUCAUUACCCAUCCUCCUCUACAGCCUGAUGGAGCAGCACAUCAACAUGGACAUCCUCAAACGGGACCCGUCUCUGUACAGAGAUAUUGCGAAGAACUCACACCUUAGGUGGCCCACCUUCAUCUACUGGACAUUUCUGGGACUCUUUGACGCCAUGGUCUUCUUCUUCGGUGCUUUCUUCUUAUUUGACAACGCAACCUUCACCAGCAACGGACAGCUAAUGGCCACCAACACACAGAUGAUGUUUGGAAACUGGACGUUCGGAACGCUCGUGUUCACGGUCCUCGUGUUCACGGUUACGUUAAAGCUCGCCUUGGACACACAUUACUGGACGUGGAUCAACCAUUUUGUCAUAUGGGGCUCACUGCUUUUCUAUGUCAUCUUCUCACUCCUGUGGGGAGGCAUCAUUUGGCCUUUCCUUAACUAUCAGAGGAUGUACUACGUGUUCAUGCAGAUGUUGUCGAGCGGUCCCGCGUGGCUCAGUAUAAUUCUGCUGAUCAUAGUCAGUCUGUUGCCAGAUGUGCUGAAGAAAGUGUUGUGCAGAGCCCUGUGGCCCACCACCACAGAGAAAAUACAGAACGCUGACAAGCUGUACAAGGGCCACCUGUCGGAGUUCACCCCCCUCUCCUCCCUCCACGCCCCACCCGCGCGGAAACACGAAGAGAGCCAGAACUCCGCCCACCGCAGGUCUGACUCAUCCCUUCCCAAAAAACUGAUGUGCACCUACUGGGGGGGCAGACGCGACUACUGCACCUUCAGCUCUUUCCUGCAAAUAGGAGAAAACCCGAGAUUUUCCGGGGCAGCUUACGCCUACAGUGCACCGGGGCCUGAGACCUCCGUGUGACUUCAAUAAAAAAAAAAACAUUUGGUAUAGUCAAGAAGUAUAACACAACUAUUUACAUGAUUCGCAAGCCAUGUAGACUAUUUUUACAACCAUCUGGACCUGUUACCAAUGCUUUGUCUAAAGCAUGGAAACGCUCACUUGAGAGCUAGCAAUGCCGCGUGUUAAUUCGCGGACUAGAGGAAGGCCAACCAGAAGCGUGCGGCGUACUGUGCUAAGCAGCCUCGUGACCUCUUUACCUUGUUUUCUUGAUGUGUGUUGAAACGUUUGAGUGUGUACCCUUUGCACUGUGGCUUGUGUGUGUUUGCCCGUCCCACUUAAUCCUUCAUGUGAGAGAUUACAGUACGGGGCCCAGUAGCAUAACGCUUCCCCUCUCCAACACUCCAUCAUAAAAUAUAAAUGUGUGGAUGACAGUUAAAAUGGCCUUGGAUGCUCUCAAAACUGACCGUCCUGUUUGUUUCUUGUCUUUGUUGUCUCCCCUCCCCUUUCUCUGCUUCUUUUUUCUCGUCCAACUUUUUUUAUAGAACAAACUGGUUUUGCGCAAACCUGUUGUUGAGGAACGCACCGUAGGCUACGGUUAUCACUUCGUAAGUGGCCAAACCCGGCCCUUUCCUUCGCUACGCUGUCCUAGACGUAGACGUGAGCCUUUGUUGGAACCAUUGCGUAACUGGACUGUCGUUACGGUUUGCCCUUUAACUUUACGAAUUAUGUGACAUCACUCACCUGUUCCAACGUUGUCAUGACAACCAGUUACUAUACAGUACGUGUUUGCUGCUUGAUGUUCUGCUUUACAAUUGUACUCUCCCCCCCCAAUCGAAUAUCGCUUUAGUUUUUAGUAUAGAACGAGAAACGCGAUGCAAGAUAGCAAAGCGUGACUGUUCUGCCUUAAUGCUGCUUGAUGCCUCCCAUCCUGUACGUCACAAUUUGGAACCAAAGGUGAAAUACGGAGUAUAAUAAUGUGCGCUUGUUGCCUUACGCUUCGAGAAAUGUAGAAAACGUGUCUGGCAUUAGUAGACGAAUCCCACCACACUGCCUUAAGUUGACGUCGCACCAGCGGAGAAUGAAAAGGGUUAAAUGUUCAACAGCGUUCAACAGCGUUCAACAUCUUCCAGUGCCAGCAGCGCAGCGCAGCCCAGGGCUCCGGACGAAUUCGCUGACAAAGUUGUCGGACGAUGAUGUUUUUAAAUUCAUUGCCUUUGUGUGCCCAAUAAAAUCUGUAUGUGUGUAUUUUCAUGAUUGUACCGUCCUAUUUGACUGUUGUCAAAGCAUGUUGCCUGUAUUCUCGUUGGAGCCCUGCGCUGAGUUGUUAGUAUGGUAUCUUUCAGCGCAUUAUUAAUUCAUCAUCAUCUGAUGAAGUCCGAUGCGAUUAGCCCGAUUAGCCCCGUGCUACAACUCAUUAAACUAACAGCCUCGGCAAGGUCAGCAUCACAGAUGGCCUGUCUGUACUAUCCCCAGCACGUUGUUUUGGAGAAAUGUCUCAUUUCUAGCGUGCGGGAUGCAGGAUUUGAUCUUAGUGCCUCACGACCCGAUGACUUGAAUAUGAUUUUCAUUUCAUACACAGAAUCUUUGAUUCAGUUCCAUUUGUCCUGUAAAUUCACGUUCGCAUUCGAUUCGAAUUGAAUUCAAAUCCAAAACUGUUCGCUGUUGCGUUGUAAUACUGACAUGGACCUAAAUCAAACAAAACAAAAAAAACACUCAGGAGUUUGUCUGCUUGACUCUAUCGCUGCUGUCCUUCACAUUCCAUGCAUGUUUUUUCUCUCCGUCUCUCUUUUUUUGCUUUCCCGGAGCCGUUCAUUUCAUCUUCAUCUCCUCCACUCAAUCCAUCAUUCGGUUCUCACGUGGCCAGUCGUCCUUUUCAAUGUUUUAAUCAUCAUCCAUGGCAGAGUCGCAAUGAAAAAGAGAGAGAGGAGGCUUGUGAUGUCAAAGACUAUCAGAACCGCUGUUUUGAUAGGUACUCCAAGCGUGAGCAGGUGCCUUCCGGUGCUUCGUAACCUCAGCGUAUGCGUUCAGAAUUCUGGGACGCUCCAGCAUACGCAUAUGUGUUAAAGGAUGACGUAAUGGGUGUAGUUACUGUACUUUGAUCAGGGGUGGAAGUGUAAUUUACGAUGUCAUGUUCAUAUACUGUAUGUAGUCAGAACAAUACAGAAUGUCCUUUUACUACUCGUUUUAUCGAAAUUGUAUCGAUGAGUAUAUUGAUGUUAAGGUUUACAAAGGCAGAGUGGACGAACGAACAACAAGAUGAACAUUUCGACUAAACAACUUCAUUUCUGGUCCAAACGUGUAUUACUCAUUGAAUGUACAAAGAUCACUGUUUGAUUAGUUACUCUGGUCUGAAAUGUGCAUGUCCUGUGAUGUUGUAGUAAUGGACCAACCACUGAGCUUUAUCAAGCCUUGACUUACGUCAUAUUAGCUGUGUCGUAAUUCGAAGGCUGCGCCCUCCGGAGGUCGCAUGGACCGUGUAUAUCACCGGGGUUGUCUCAUUUCAGUUAAAAAACAUUAUCAAAUUAAAAUUGAUUUAUAUUAAGACGUUAGCAAGUUCCAUUCUUACCUUGAAAUGCAACGGUUGCUUUGUUAACUCGAUGAUGUAAAUGUGCCCGACAAAUGCGACCUUCAGAGGUCGCAUCCUUCGAAUUGAGACGCACAGCUAUAGGCCCUUUUCACAAUGACGUCACUUAACUUCUGCCUUUUUGCAAAGCAGUGUAUCAUAACAUCCGUCUUGCAACAAACAAUAAGAACUUCCGUUUUGCCGUCGCGCUGGAAUUUAACAAUACGUAUUCAACUACUUACCCUAGCACCUUCGCUAACACAAAAAGAAAACAAAACACUUUCCUUCAUAAUCAAACAGGUACUGUUGAACGAAGAAUUUGUAUCCUUUCUCUAGCUUUGAUUUUGUCGUUAGCGAAAAUUUGUCUGCAAGACGUUUGUGACAAGCAGAGCGGGACGAGGGCCGUGAGGCAGCUGCGCGUUGCACCGGUCUCGCAUCUCUCUCGUCCCGCUCUGCUUGUCACAACGUUGUACAUCAUCUAGCCGUAUUUGUGGCAGAUGUGCAAGGGACUUGGUAAACUCCAUUCUGAGGCGCUAGCGGAAGUAACUUCUUCUUCUUGACUUUUACUGGCGGUUGGCAAACCAGCUUAUAGGUGCAUUACCUCCACCUUAUGAACUGGAGCGCUAGCGGAAGUAACGAUACACUGCUUCGCGGCGGAACGGAGGAUGCGUGACGUCAUGUGAAAAGGGCGUAUUGUCAUUUUUAAAGCACUGUUUUACUGCCCCUUAUCAUUUUUGUCCAAGUCAUAUGACGCACAAAUAAGAUAAAAAUGCUAACCAAUGCUGGCAAAUCUAAAACAAAAAUAGAAUGUGCUUAUAUUUAGAUUGAUUCAUGUUAUGUUGUUUAGGUAGACUGUGAUAUAAAAGAGAUUGCUCUACUGUAUUUAUAUGUUUGUUUCGCGUUCUACUGUAUUCUCCAUAUUUGUUCGCUAUCACUGUAGUUCUGUGGCUUUCUGAAUGUAACACAAAGUGAAAAAGGCCUCUUUUGUGCACCGUACGCAGUUAAUUCGGGAAGCGACCAUUUAAAAACUACCAUCGCGGGUGGUUCAAGAACAAAUGUCCCCUUCACAAAUGUUUCCUUUUAUUUCUGAACUAUUUGUUUUUGUAACGCAGGAGUCAUUUGAACACUGAACGCUGGCUGCCUCAUGUGUGCUUUCAGAAACACUAUUCUAAUCUGUAUCUUUAAAGAAAAGGCUGUAUGAAAUAGGUAUUUUGUAUAUCUUGUGAAAAAUGUCUUUUUUGCUACUUUUGUAUCUAGACGAUGAAGAGAACUAUGUACUGUUACAGAAUCCGAAUGUUACUGUUGAGUUUUUGAACAACCAAAUGGGAGAAAUUGACUUGAGUAAAGGUGAAGGUUCAAGACAAUAGCUUUAAGUGUUUGUUAUUUGUCUGGCUGAUAUGAAAUAUGUUUUUGAGACGACGUGCAUGGUCAUUGCUCAUACGGACACUGGAAAGACAUGAAAUAGUCUUUGUUUUAAAUUAACUAGAUGCUAUAACUGAAGGCUUUAUGACCACUAGCGGAGCUUUAAUCUGUGCCAGCCUGUUUAGAUUAACACAUUGUCUGUUGCUUUUCGUUGUUUCAUCUGCACAAAGCGUGAAAUUGCUCAUAAACUUAUUAUAUAUAUAUAAAUAUAUGUAUACUAUAUGUAAUAUUCAUGUACAGUUUGGGCUUCUUUUGUAUAAAGUUUUUAAAAGGUU